GGCGGCCAAGCGGCACAGAUAGCACUGUGAUCAGUCAGUCAGCCAACCGCCGUAGCCAAGCAUCGAUCGGUUGUUGUCGGAGAUAGAGACGGCAGAAGAAAACAAAUCGCCUCAAACAUCGCUCUUGUUUCAUACAAACAGCAGUUUGUUUGGUGCAAAAGUGCUCGGUUGCCCCGGGUAAAGAGCAACGCACGCAGAACGGAACGUGCGCAAGAUGACCGCUGCGCUAUGGGUCGCGCUUAUCGCCGGACUAUCAGCUGCGGUCCGGGACGGGGCAGCCACUUACGUGUAUCAGACUAAGACGAUCGACGUGCCAAUCGACCACUUUACGUACACCGGCGAGGCGACGUUCAAGCUGCGCUACCUGAUCAACGAUACGUACGCGCCGGGCGGGGCCGAUCUGCCGGCCAGCCCAAUUCUGUUCUACGCCGGCAAUGAGGGCGACAUCGAGCUGUUCGCACAAAACACCGGCUUCAUGUGGGAGCUGGCGCCGAAGCUGAAGGCGACGCUGCUGUUUGUCGAGCACCGGUUCUAUGGCCACUCGCUGCCGUUCGGCAAUGCCUCGUACGAUUCGCCCAAGAACCUCGGCUACCUGACGUCCGAGCAGGCGCUGGCCGACUUUGCGCUGGUGCUGCGCACGCUAAACCCCCCGAACGGGACCACCCGUGCCCGGCCGGUCAUCGCGUUCGGCGGCUCGUACGGCGGCAUGCUGGCCGCCUGGAUACGGAUCAAGUAUCCGCACCUGGUGGCGGGAGCGAUCGCCGCGUCCGCCCCGGUGCGCCAGUUCGCGGGCGUGACCGACUGCGGCAUCUUCAACCAGAUACUGACGUCCGUCUACCAGGUCGCGUACACGGCCGACUGUGCCGACAACAUACGCCGCUCGUGGACCACGCUGCAGAACUACUCGACCAGCGCGGACGGGUUGCGGCUGCUGAACGAAAAGUUCAAGUUCUGCACCAACCUGACCAAGGGGACGGACGUCACCGAGACGCUGUUCGACUAUCUCACGGACGUGUACGGCAACCUGGCGAUGAUCAACUAUCCCUACCCGUCGAGCUUCCUGGCGCCGGUGCCGGCCUACCCGGUGCGCGAGUUCUGCGGCCGGCUGGCGCAGAACUACACCGGCGUGGAGCUGCUCGACCAUCUGCAGUCCGCCCUGUCGAUCUACUACAACUACGACGGCAAGGCGGCCUGUCUGAACAUCAACUCGUCGUACGACGGGACGGGCAUCAGCGACCGGGGCUGGGACUUUCAGGCGUGCACCGAGAUGGUGAUGCCGAUCUGUGCGGACGGCGUGCACGACAUGUUCCCGCCGCAGCAGUGGAACAUGCAGACGUACGCGGACAAGUGCUUCAAGAAGUACGGCGUGCAUCCGCGCCCGGCCAACGCGCUGCUCAACUACGGUGGUGAAUUUCUCGAUGCGAGCAUUACGAACAUCGUCUUCAGCAACGGGCUGCUGGAUCCGUGGUCCGGCGGUGGCGUGCUGCGCUCGAGCAACGAGAACGUCAAGAUCGUGCUCAUCCCCGAGGGAGCCCACCAUCUCGAUCUGCGCGCGUCCAAUCCGGCCGAUCCGGCAUCCGUGACGCGGGCCCGUGCCGUCCACGUGCAGAACAUACAGAAGUGGCUGACCGAGUACCGGAAGCAGCGGAAAGUUUACUAAAUGGGGGGAUGGGUGAGAUGUUUUUUUUUGCGGAAUCGAUUGGGUGGCCGGGAGGACAUGUCCUCUCUGUGUACACGGCACGAGCGGUUAGAUGAUUUUGGAACCGUACAGGGGCGACUGUUUCACGAACUCGUCCAGCUUUGCCUUAAAGAUGUCGGACGUGACGGGUGUACCGAGCGUCCAAAGCGGGUUCCGGACGACAUACUCAACCCAUAUCUGGUGAUACGACGAGAAAGAAGAGAGCAAGAGCAAACUAAUCAUGUAGCAAACCCAAUUUAACGCACACACCCACUCUUGUUAAUAAAGAGAUUUCCAGCUAAGAGAAACA